UUUGCAUUGUAGCCAUGUGGUUUCAGCUGUUAAAUAACCUGCAAGGUACGACAACGUCGCAAAAGUAUAUUCUACGGGAUAGCUGGGAUUUCCUAGAAACUGUAGUUAAUAGUGCUUUAAACUAUAUAGGAGUGGGGAAAAUGCUGUUAUACUGUUGACGAUAUAUAGUUUUUUUUAUAUUAAAUGUAAAUUAACAAAUGACAAUGUCUACAUUUGAUUAUAUGGAAAAGUUGUAUCUGUCAGCUGUAAACAAUAAAGAACUGAUAAAAUCUGCCUUAAAAAUGUUGGAUAUACCAGUUUUAAGUGUGGAUGUACAAGAGAGAAUUUUAGAUGUUACUGUGAGGAAUGAAGUAUGUAAGAAAUAUCCUCCACCGGUAUCCUUUCAGAAGUCUUUUUUACGCGUUCUUUUUGAUAUGGUUGAAGCAUCUGGAUCUGAUCUUUCAGAUGCCCUUAUGACUGCAUAUUCAUCUGUUUUCUUGAUGCCUGCUAAAAAAGAUAUUAGUUACUGUUCUUAUUUAAUUAAUCGUAAGCAUAUUAUUACGCUGCAAGAGAGUUCUUGCUUUGUUGAAAACAGUACAACAGGUCUUCAGACAUGGGAGGCAGCUAAAUACCUUUCUGAGUGGUGUAUAAGAAAUGUAUCUCUUUUAAAAAAUAAAUCUGUAUUGGAACUUGGAUCUGGUAUUGGUCUUUUAGGACUAACUGUUUUGAAACUCUGUGAACCAUCAAAAUAUAUAUUCACUGAUAAAAGUUGGGAAGUAUUAAAAAUUCUGUCUUCAAAUAUAAAACUCAAUAUUCAAGAUGAGAAAGAAAAUCCAAAUAUUCAGUUACACCAGUUAGUUUGGGCAAAUGUUUGUAAAGAAGAUACUGUUCAAUUAUCACCAGAAAUUAUUCUGGGAGCAGAUUUAGUAUACGACCCAUCAGUUUUUGAAAGCCUUGCAUAUUCAUUAAAAAUCUUUCUGGAAAGUGGAUCAAGUUGUGCUUACAUUGCUGCAAAUGUUAGAAAUGAAGAUACUAUUGGAAAAUUUACAAAUAAAUUAGGUUCAAAUGGAUUGAAGUAUGAAAUUUUGAAAAAUUUUCAAAACACAAUAUUUAUUUAUAAUCAAAAA